AUGUCAUCUGUUUCUUCAUUUUUCAACUUUCUUCUUGCCUUAUUAGUUACUGUCUGUUCUGAAAACGAAUGGCAUAUUGCUGUGAUAUACGAUGAUGUAUUCGAUCAAGUAAAUUAUAAUCUAACUGAUUUGUUCCUGGCACUGGAACCAACUCUUGAACACUAUGCUGAUAUUUCUACAAGAAAUUCUACUUUACCUACAUCCCAAAAAUUCAAAUUUACUAUUGAGAAGUUUUUUAUUAACCAAUUGUGCAGCCUCAUAAGCCAGGGUGUACAUUUAGUUCUCAGUUUGACAGCAUGUUCAACAGCUGAAUAUUUGGAAAGUGAGGCAUAUCGUUAUCACCUACCUCAUGUUGCCAUACCAAGACCUGCAUGCGAAGAGAAACAGACAACAAAGGUUACAGAAACAACAACUAUAUGGAUUCAAACAGAUCCUUUUCGGAUGGCCAAGGCUUUUUUGGAGAUCAGUGAAAUGGAACGAGCUUCACAUGCACUUAUCUUAGCCGAUGGACUUACUGCUAUUAUCCCAGAGAUAUAUGACCUCACAUUGCGGAGGAAAAUUGAAAAUAAGAGAUUCUACACUGAUUUCUCAACGCAAUUAUUUUCAUCAAACAAAUGCAUAAAUUCAUUCAGCUCGUUUAGUGAAAUAACAUUAGAUCAGCUUAUUGAAACAUUGAUGGAAAAUAGACCAAAGAUUACCAUCACAAAAUCGUAUUUAACGCAUAUAUUCCUGAUUCAUACAAAACCUUAUCAUUUAGAUUAUUUUAGAAAAGUUUUUGAGAAAUCUAACAUUACAAAGGACUACUAUUGGAUUUUUGAUGAAAUUCCUGAUGUGCCUAUUAGAGAUCUAUUAAAUCUUAUUGCUUCAUCAAGUGUUACUAAAAUGAAAGUGGGAUUUUUUCGACAGUUUCCUGUGUUAAAUUUUAACGAUCUGUCAAAACAUGAAUUGCAAAAGGGCACUCAGUUAUUGAUUAAAUCUGCAUUGCAUGGAGAAACGCAUAGUUUCCCUGAACGUGUAACUAUUGCAGCUUAUAUGAUAAUGAUUAGCAGUCAGAUAGCAACCUUUAUAAAAUCAUUUAACAGUUCAUACUUGAACCGUAGUGGUAUAAGUUGCCAUCAAAUCAACCCAAUUGUGGACGACUUUGGUGGUAGGCUGUUUUAUAACUUUCUCAGUCAUAGGUCUGGGACUAAAGUCUGGAAAUCUUUAUGGUUUUACUCACUCGAAACGUUUGAUGAUGCAAUGAAAAAUUUUAUAUCCACUGCUCAUUACACUCCUGAUGACAAUAUGAAACUUACAAGUAAAGGAAUGAAAAUUAAGCAAAGAAGCUUGGAAAGUGGUCUAUUUUCAACUGUCUUUCAGUCAUUUAAUAACAAAAUUCUUCGAAUAUCAACAAUUCUCGAUCCUCCAUUUGUUGUGACUGGUCAAGUAAUUGAAAACGGAGAAAUAAUCAACGCUUCAGGAUUUGCAAUUGAUAUACUAAAUGAAUUGGCUAUGCAUUUCAAUUUUAGAUAUCGCCUUUUCUUACCACAGAACGGUACGUAUGGCUCACUGGAUGAAAAAGGAGAUUGGGAUGGCAUGAUGGGUGAAUUGGUAAAUGGACGAGUUGAUAUGAUAGCUGCUGGUUUGACAAUCAAUCCAAGAAGAUCGAAUUAUGUGGAAUUUAUUGGUCCGAUUGUUGAAGAUACAGUUGGAAUACUUGUAAAACCAUCAACAGCAAAUUAUCUUUUCUUUCAAAUGUUUCAUCUAUUUCAAAUUAAUGUUUGGAUAGCAAUUACUAGUUCAGUGGUUAUUCUUGGAACAACAGUUUGGUUAUUCAAUAGGUAUAGUCCAUUCAGUGGAUGGAAUUUACAACUUCCAGAAGCUAACUCAAAUGAGGUAUCUCUUUCCUACAAUAUAUGGAUUUCACUACGUUGUAUGCUUCUACAAGGACAAGAAGGCAGAUUAUUCUGUUUUUCGUCACGCACUUUGUGCUUAAUGUAUUGGUUUAUGAUUUUAGUUGUACACGCUAUAUGGCAGGCUGAUUUAACAGCAUUUCUAACAAAAAACAAUCUUGAGCUUCCAAUUAGUUCGUUAAAGGACUUGGCACACAAUGAUAAGAUUAUAGUAUUAACUAUGAAAGGAACUAGUACUUACAAUAUGUUUCAGGUCUCAGUAAAUAAUACAUUUUAUGAAUCCAUAUAUAGAAAGCUGGUUGCAAAUCCUGUUAGUGUAUAUAGUACAGACGAAGCAGUGAAGCUGGUGAUAAAGUUUAAUAAUUAUGUCUAUAUAACUGAAAGAUUAUUUCUUAUGAGUGUACUGCAAUCAGAGGAAUGUUCAAAUCUGGAAGUGAUAGAAGAGCCUGGGAUUGUAGCUGCUCUUGGAUUCGCUGUGCAACUUGGAAAAGAGUAUGCAAAACCUAUGUCAUCUUAG